AUGGCUUCCCGGCUCUCGAUGCCGUCCCUCUUGGCCGCAAAUAUCCUCAUCCCAGUUGCGAUAUUGAUCUUCGCCAGUGGAUUCUUUCCUUACAAGCCAUUUCUUCCUGGAUUGGCCCAAUACGAGACAUUGGAGUAUGGGAGUCCGCCAGAAGCUCCUUUCGACAAGCUGAUAUUCAUGGUUGUGGAUGCACUGCGAAGCAAGCAUCUUACUUAUGACAGUCUCAUUUCUAAUGGCGAAGCGAUUCCAUUCACUGCCCAUGCCACAUCUCCUACCAUUACCAUGCCCAGAAUCAAGGCUAUCACUACAGGAUCUACGCCAUCUUUCCUCGACCUAAUCCUCAAUUUCGCAGAAUCAGAUACCUCGUCUACACUUGCAACACAAGACACAUGGCUAGCACAGAUGAAGGCAAAGGGAACUGGCAAAAUGAUCAUGUACGGAGACGAUACCUGGCUGAAGCUAUUCCCCGAUACAUUCGAUCGCGCGGAUGGGACGUCAAGUUUUUUUGUUUCGGACUUUACAGAAGUGGAUAGUAAUGUUACGAGACACAUUCCCGAGGAGCUGAGGAAUGACGAUUGGAGUACCAUGGUGUUGCAUUAUCUGGGACUUGAUCACAUCGGCCACAAGACUGGGCCUCGGGGCCCCAAUAUGAUCCCGAAGCAACAUGAAAUGGAUGGCAUCGUGAGAUUAAUCUAUGGAGCCAUGCAAAACAAGAAGCAUCUACAAUCAACACUGCUAGUGCUUGCCGGUGAUCACGGUAUGAAUGAUGCUGGUAACCACGGUGGCUCAGCCCCAGGAGAAACUUCGCCCGCUCUUGUAUUCAUUGCUCCGAAGCUGAAGACCAUUAGUUCGGAUCAUGGGACACCAGCAGCUUUCGAAGAAGACUUCCAGUACUACUCUACAGUUGAGCAAUCGGACAUAGCCCCAACAUUGGGUGCUUUGCUUGGUUUCCCAGCGCCUCGAAAUAAUCUUGGGGCCAUCAUCCCAGAGCUCUUGCCAUUUUGGCCAAACAAUGUUGAUCGAGCUCAGAUUCUAUUGAGAAAUGCUAAACAGAUUCUGGGUGUCGUUACCGCAGCAUUCCCUUCAUUUGAAUAUGUCGAACCUUCCAAAGACUGCCAGGAAAUGUCUAGCAAUAUUGAUGAGCUCGCAUGCCAAUGGAAGAUUUUGACAAAGACCCAACCGAAGCCUGGACCGGAGAAUCAGAAUAUCGACGAAUGGCUCCGACAUACCACCAAGGCAUCACAAGACAUAAUGAGCAGCACUGCUAGUAAUUACGAUGUUCGAAAACUUGCAACUGGGCAAGCUGUUUCUACAUUAGCUUUCGUUUUUAGCACAGUUGCAGCCAACGCGAUUCUGGCUUGGUCUUUCAAGGAAUCUGUUCCGAUACUUCUGAUCUCUCUGCUAUACGGCAUCAUGAUGUUUGCCAGCAGCUAUGUUGAAGAAGAGCAACACUUUUGGUACUGGGCCACAGCAGCAUGGCUUGUCCUGCUUUGGAUGAAGAGCACUCGCAAACAUAACCGCAACACACUGUUCCUAAACCUGACCUCAAUCCUGAUACUUGUCAUUGCAAGGCUCUCUCGUCGCUGGAACCAAACUGGUCAGAAAUGGGCCGGCGAACCAGAUAUUGCUCGAAACUUCUUCUCCGCACACCGUCUGACUCUAUGGAUGUUCGUCGCACUGACCUACCUAUGGAUCCUUCAGUCCCUUGCUCGAGGAUUCCCUCGCUUCCCACAGAUGGCUGCAGCAGCAAUAUCAACAGCCAUAGUUACCGCGGCCCUAACAUUCAAGCUAGCUUUCACACAUGAGGACUCACCCGAACUCAUGGCCGGCGUCGCCAAAUCAAUGACUGACAGCGAAGCAGGGGCCGGUGUAUCUCUAAUUGGAAGAGCCAGGAUAGCAUUCAUAUUCAUCUUCAUCGCACUCGUCUACACCAUGAUCUCUGGAUUCAGCGAUACGAGGCGUCCAAACCCAACGAUUCACACAAUCCACAACCUCCUAACCCUCUUCCUCACCACGCAAUCUCGCGCAACCAACAUCCCCCUACUCCUCCUCUCCUCCCUCCAAUUCUCCCUUCUCUCCAACCUCGAUCUCAACCUUUACGAAAUCACUACCUCCUCACUCCUCCUACAAUACUCCUCUUUCUUCGCCUUCGGGGGCUCGAACGCUAUUUCCUCCGUUGAUCUAUCCAACGCUUACAACGGCGUUAGCGGGUACAAUGUUGUUGCCGUUGGCAUCCUCACGUUCGCUAGCAAUUGGACCGGUCCGAUUUUUUGGGUCUCCGCUACUACUAUUAUGCUUCUGAAGUACAGGGAGACGGUGAAGAGCGAAGAGAGGAGUGUAUUAGAGCAACAUUUGAGCUUAAUGACGGUAUUUGUAACAUCGAGUUUGGUAUUCGUAAUGGCUGCUUGCACGAUCCUGCGAACGCACUUGUUCAUCUGGACAGUAUUCUCGCCCAAGUAUCUGUACAGUAUGGCGUGGAGCCUGGGUCAGCACCUGGGAGUUAACGUUGGGCUGGGCAGUUUUCUGUACUGGUUGGGUACUUUGUAUUAG